AUGGCGUCAGAGUCUGUUUCAUUUAACUUCGACAAGUUCAUCCCAAAGCAACCAAACAUAAUCUUCCAAGGUGAUGCCAUUGCAACUUCCGAAGGGACGUUGCAACUCACCAAGGUAGAAGAUGAUGAGCCAGUGUCUGACUCAAUUGGGCGAGUCCUUCACAUUACCCCUGUUCAUAUAUGGGACCGUAAGACAAAAAAAGUGGCAAGCUUUUUCACUUGCUUCUCCUUUGUCAUUCGUGCCCCGGACGUGAACAAAACCGCUGAUGGCUUGGCAUUUUUCCUUGCUCCCGAAAAUGAUGAGCCCAAAGACAAGGCAGGGUAUCUUGGAAUUUUCAAAAAACCCCCUUCCAAGGAACAAAUCAAGGUUGUGGCGGUCGAAUUCGACACUUUCAGUAACAAGAAUCCUGAUAUUGCCGAUCCAAACAAUUGCCACAUUGGGCUCGAUUUCAAGGGCAUCAAGUCCAAAAGUACUGCGGAAUGGAUCCUCAAGAAUGGCGAAGAGGCCAUUGUUUACAUAAGCUACGAUACCUCAUCCACCCCAACUUUGGAUGCAACGUUGGUUUAUGCUUCGUCUCCAAAGAUCAAGUACCAACUAUCUGUGGGAGACGUCAACUAUAGUCUUCAGUGUCAUCUUUAUCCUCAUCAUCAUCAUAGUCCUCAUCCGAAGACAUUUAGGGUGGCGGUGGUGGCAGUGGUAGUGGAACUGCGCUAG